AUGCUUGACUCCGUAAUGGUGAGCGACUCGAUAGAAUUUUUGUGGGCAAGAGCACUUUUUGAAAAAUCAACAACACUGGAACACAAGAGGGGAAAUAUGACAGUGUGUCCUGAUUCAAGGGAAGGGAGAGACGUUGCGAUAUACAAUAAGCGAGGUGUUUCUCGAAUAUGCAAGAUGGGAAAUCAAGUAGUGAAUUUCAAGUAUGGAGAUAUGAGAGGGAAGUAUGUUUAUAAUGGCCAGACUCUGAUAGAGAUAGUCAGCACUUAUACGACUGUUAGGGAUUUAACAUCUGUGCUCAAAGAAAUUGCAAAACACAUCAAUUAUAGGUUUCAAGAAACUAGGGACAUGAGAGAACAAAACAAUGACAGAACAAUUGAGAAGAUGAUAGAUGUAGCACCAUACAAAUUCUUAGAUUGCAGGAUAACACAAUUCUCUACUAUUGGCACAUUGAGACCUGGUCAAAACUGUGGCAAGUUCAGACACCAACCUGACUCAGAAUAUGUAACAACUGGAUGUUACCAAGUUACGCUAGAUGGAAAACUAGAUAUCCUGCUGCCUGGAACUAGAUUGACUAUCCCUGUGCAUAUAUCAAGAAUUCACUAUCUUUAUUGUCCUCUGACUUACAUGGCGGUUAUAGGGCGACUGAUUGAUCCACGUGCAAGUAGAAUUACGAAAUAA